GUCAUGCGCAGGCUUAUUUUUUUGUAACUAAAUCGAAAAACUCCCGUCUUUUGUUUUUUGACGAAAAAUAAGAUGUCAAACAGACGUGCCGGUGGCUCUUGGGGUGCUUGAUGUGGCCUAGCCAUUGUCAUUGCUGUCCCACCUAGGCGUCAUGGAUGAAGAAACACUGGAGGCAGCCAUCACGACUUAUGGCGCUCAGUUACAGCAGGUUGAGUUGGCCCUGUCAGCUGGCCUGGACCCUCCUGAACAGUCAGACCUACUUAAACUGAAAGACGACCUUUGUCAGCUCAUAGAGCUCACUGAGGCUAGCUUGUUGUCUGUCAGAAAGAGCAAGCUCUUAGCCAGCCUUGAGGCUAGCAGUGGACCUCAGGCAACAGCCUCAGAUGUGGCAGCUGGCACAAACACUGCAAAUGGUGGCUUGGACAAUGAGUUUGCUGCCUUCUAUUCUGAGUUAGGGGAGUUUUCCGGAAUCAGCUCAAGCACAAAAGAUGGAGGGAACGAGGGUGAAGUUGAAGACCAAGAGGAUGGUGAGGAGGAGGAGGAAGACUCACUUAGUGGUGCCAAAGUGAGAGCACCCUACCGGACAACUUGGGGGACACUGGAGUAUCAUAAUGCCAUGGUGGUUGGUACAGAACCUCCAGAUGGGGAUGAGGCACAAGUGAGGGUGCUUUACGUGUACCCCACCCAGAAGUCUAUGAAACCCUGUCCAUUCUUUCUAGAGGAAAAAUGUCGCUUCAACGAAAAUUGCAGGUUUUCCCAUGGUGAAGUGGUGUACGUGUCAGAGUUGAGGGAAUUUCAGGAGUUUGACCUCAGUAAUCUCCAAGAGAGCUCAUCCUGUUUGGCUCGACACGAGGACGGCAUCUGGUACCCUGCCAAAAUCACAGAAAUUGAUAACGGUUUCUACACUGUGAAGUUCGACUCGCUCCUGAUGAAAGAUUCUGUGGUGGAGGCUGACGGCGUCAUCCCGCCACUGAGAGAAGAUGAUCCACUUUCCUCUGAGUCUGACCAGGACGACGCUGGAGAUGGGGACACUGCUUAUGCCAAAGUUUUUGACUCUACUUUUGAAGAAGCAGCUGCCACAUCUAGUAGCUCCAACUUCGGCGGUUGGGAAGCACACACCAGAGGCAUCGGCUCCAGACUCAUGCUGAAAAUGGGCUAUGAAUAUGGGAAAGGUCUGGGAAAGAACCAAGAGGGUCGUGUCGAGCCCGUGAUGGCAGUUGUCCUGCCUAAAGGCAGAUCUCUGGACCAGUGCGCAGAGCUCACUAAGAAAAAAACACAGUCUAAGAUUGCCAAAGAUGGCACCCAGACGGGCCACAAGAAAAGAAGCCGAAAGCCUCGGGACAACAACACUGGGGGGCGCCAUAAUGUUUUUGACUUUCUUAACAAAAAGCUUGGCGACACAGAGACCCGUUCUGUGAUGGGGGGUGCCAGUGGAAGCCUCUUUCCUGCCAAGCCAUCAGCAGGUGCUGGGGCUGAGGCUUACAGGGGGGGAAAGGAUACCAAGAGGAGCCUGAAUGUGAAGCUGUUCCAAGCUGCCGAGAGGGUGGCGCAGACAGAAAGAGAGAUCCAGAGGCUGACUGAGUCUCUGAGCAGACGUACAGGAAGGGAUGCAGCCAUGGUAAAUAAGCUGGAGGAGAAGCUCUCUGCAGCCCGGAGACUACUGUCUCAGCAAAAAGCCCAGGAGCUGUCCAUCCAGAAGGAGCACAGAAAGGCUGACACGCACAAGAAAAUGACUGAGUUUUAACCGGGGGGUCUCUCUGAGACUUUGGGGAUUAGAGGAAACACUGUUAACCUGAAAUGAACUGUUGCCCCUGUUGAGCUGUUCAACAUUUGUUGUUUAUUUCAUAUUUCUUUUUACUACAACUUGUAAAUGACAACAUGUAUCUUCAGUAAAAGAAAGUUUA